AUGAUUUUGAAAGUACUUAUAGUAACUCGUUUGCUUUGCUUGAAAAAUUUUAUCUUAAAUAUUGGAAUUCUAUCCUCAUCGGGCACAACAUAUGAUUUGAUGGUGAGAAUAUUCUCUCAGGAACAUGGUUCAAAGGAAAAAAAAGCAAAGUAUGAGUAUUUGACGUGCAUAAUUAAACAUUUGAAAAAACUAACAAAAAUGACGGAAUCACCGAUGAGCAUCCCAGUUUAUGAAGGUUCGAUGUUAUCACUUCGGAGUACGACUCCGUCCUUGGCUCGUUCGCGACCGAUGACAGGUUUAGCCAAACGAAAAUCGGAACCGGAACCAAAAUGGAAACGUGGCGAUUUGGAAUCAAAAUAUCGUUGUGUAGCAUGUAGUAAUUAUUUGCGAUUUCCCCUGCAGUUCGAAGAUUGUGGUCAUCAUAUUUGUUCGGGCUGUUUACCUGACAUAAUGCGUGUCUCUCCGCGUUGUCCGAGUUGCCAACAACCAAUCGCUCGUGACAAAGUUGUCAAUGACAAAGGACUACAACGAGAUAUUCAAAGCUUGGAUGUCUACUGCUAUUACAAAGAUAAAGGCUGUGAUUGGCAAGGAACAUUGAAGGACUACAUGGGUCAUGUGGACACGUGCGGAUUCGUCCAAGUGGAUUGUACAAAUGCCUGUGGCGUAAGAUUUGAAAGACGUUUCGCUCCCAAACAUCAGACUGAAGAUUGUCCUAAGCGAACUGUUGUUUGUGAAUUUUGUAAAGGAAACAUUAUCUUUGAAGAGGAAAUUCCUCAUCUAAAUACUUGUCCGGAAUUCAAAGUCCCGUGUCCAAAUGGAUGUUCAAGUCAAGAAUGGCCACGUGGUCAAAUACAAAAUCACUUGGAUACUAUGUGUCCAAAACAAGAAUUAUCUUGUCCAUUUGGUGAAUGUGGCUGUGAGUACCGUGGUCAACGAACAGAAAUUACCAAGCAUAUGCAAGAAUCGCCCGGUCUGCACUUAAAUCUUGCUGGGCGAACUAUCACAAUCCAAAAGAAACUGUUACAAGCCUAUGAAGAACGUACAAAUGAACAAAAGAAAUGGAUCGAAUUGUUAUCUGUACGGGUCAAUGCUUUAGACAAAACCUACGGAGCUCAAUAUAUAUGGAAAAUCGAUCAUUAUCAAGAGCGCCUAGAAGAAGCGCGUACAGGUAAAAAAACCACACUGUUCAGUCCGCCAUUCUUAACAAGUCGACAUGGAUAUCGCUUGGCACUUUCGAUUUGUCUCGGCGGUGAUGGAAAAGCGAAAGGAAAAUAUGUCUCGCUAUUCAUUUGUGUAUGUCGUGGUGAAUAUGAUGCUCUAUUAUCUUGGCCAUUCUCACAUCGUGUGACAUUCACCUUACUAGAUCAAUGUGAAGAUGUUGAUAAUCGUCGUCCAAUAAUCUACAGUGUUAAACCAAAUAUUUGUAAAGAAAACAAGCCAUUCUUAGGCCGACCGGUGACGGAACGUAACGCAAGCUUCGGUGCACAGAAAUUCACAGAUUUAGACACCAUGGGCACACUUGAAUAUGUUAAAGAUGAUACGGUCUUUAUCAAAGUCGAAAUUGAUAAUGAAGAUAUGAUCAUUAUAUAA